AUGGGCGGAGUCACUUCAACAAUUGCCGCGAAGUUCGCUUUCUUUCCACCAAGUCCUCCUUCUUACACGGUGGUAACUGAUGAGUCUUCCUCCGCUGUGUCUGGUGGUGGUGCUGCUACGAGGCUGUGUAUACCGCAGGUGCCGAGGAAGGAUGACGUGGAUGUUUUGAAGUUGAGGACUCGGCGUGGAAAUGAAAUCGUGGCUGUUCAUAUUAAGCAUCAAAGAGCUUCAGCUACUUUGUUGUAUUCUCAUGGAAAUGCAGCUGAUUUGGGCCAAAUGUUUGAGCUUUUUGUUGAAUUGAGUAAUCGCCUUCGCAUUAAUCUCAUGGGAUACGAUUAUUCUGGCUAUGGGCAAUCGAGUGGAAAGCCAACUGAAUGUAAUACAUAUGCGGACAUAGAUGCGGCAUAUAAAUGCCUCAAGGAGCAGUAUGGGGUUAAAGAUGAUCAACUAAUAUUGUAUGGUCAGUCUGUUGGUAGUGGUCCCACUGUCGACCUUGCUUCACGUUUACCAAACUUGAGGGCUGUGGUUCUACAUAGCCCAAUAUUGUCUGGGAUGAGGGUAUUGUACCCAGUCAAAAGGACUUACUGGUUUGACAUUUACAAGAACAUUGACAAAAUUGGUAUGGUGAACUGUCCGGUUCUCGUAAUUCAUGGAACAUCAGAUGAAGUUGUUGAUUGCUCUCAUGGGAAACAGCUUUGGGAGCUUUGCAAAGAGAAAUAUGAACCAUUGUGGAUCAAUGGAGGCAAAUCGAAAACAGCUACAAGCAGUUCUAAGAAAACAACAGAGUCCGAAAAUCAGAACAAAACAUCUGAGAGUGGAAGUUCAGACACUUUUGAAUUGGGUGACCUUCCUGAAAUCUCUAGAAAUAGUUUAGAUAGUAGGCUUGAGAAGUCAAAGAAGCCAAAUAAACCUGAAAAGUCUCGGAUGAGCACUGACCGUGUUGAUAGAUUUAGAAGAAGAAAAGGCUUGAUGAAAGGAAUACAUGUCAGAAAAGGGAGGGACUAUUCACCAACCGAUUACAAAGACGAUGAGAACACUAGAGAUGUUCAGGCAACUGAAACAAAAGCCCAAGUGGCUUUCAAUCAGAAAACCUAUCGUACUCAAUUCCGUCGACAACUGCUACCCAUUUAUGAUGCGCUUCCUGCUACGGUUCUUCUUGAGUGA